GCUAUAGGCAUUACAAUAAAAUGAAGUUGUCUUCUACCUUGCAUGUGUCCUUUAACAUUUUUUUGCUUAUGUAAGUUCUUUGUUACUUUAAUUAUUUCUUCUCUUGGUGCAACGAGCGAAAACUUGAAACGCGAUGAAAGAAUGAUCGAUUACUGAUAAUGACGUAAAAGGAGAGAUCCACUCAUGUUUCACAAUAAUUCAAAAAAAAACCAAUUUCAACACAUGAAGGAAAUAUUAAAGUGACGUAAUGUAUUUUUUGCUAUAAAAUGAAUGAAAUGUAAAAAUGUUGAAUAUUUGUAAACCACAGAGCAGUUGGUUCCUUGACACUAGGUGAAGACAGAGCAAAACUAUAACGGCACUCAGCUGUUGGAUGUGGGAUUAUUCAUAUAUUCAGAUAUAUUAAUUAGAUUCAUUUCCGUAAAGUCUACCUACAAUGAUGGCUUUACUAACGGCGCUAAAUAUUUGGUUCGUGGAAAUACUUUUGUUAAUUUUAUGGCUUCUUCUGGCAUUGAAGUUCUUGAGAUUGCUUACUGCAGGAAAGAAGGUAAAAGACAAAAAUUGUAGACGGUUGGAUUUCUUAGAGCAAUUUGUUGAAAUCUUGGCGCAUUCACUUGAUGGCCAUAGCAAUAUGUCAUGUUUUGUAUCACUAACAUCAAAAGAAAGCUUAUCCUUUCAACAUGUUCACGAUGCUUUAGUAUUGUUAGUAAAACGUCAACCAAUGUUACGAGCAGUCGUAUCGACGAAAGCCGAUGGAGAAAAAUAUUUUGAGAUUAAAAGCCCAGAAGAGACUAUUCCACUAUUUGACAUCACCACGUCGGAUACUAAGAUUUCUGAUUGAAAGAUAUAAUGUUCGAGCACACUUCAACUAUACAUAAAGGCCUUUUCCAUGGAAAGCUGUUAUACUUAAGGAAGAAUUUGAUUCAAUAACAAAGAGUAUUCUAAUAUGAUAAUGUUUACCGUGAAGCAUUCGUGUUUUGAUGGUGUUUCUUCCGUUAAAUUUGUAAAACAGUUCCUGAAUAACAUGAACGAGAUAGCAAGUGGUGUAAGCAAUGUCGACAAGGAUAUAACAAGUCUCGAACUCUUACCUAGCGCACGACUUGGUAAUACAAAAAGAAUCGGUCAUUCCUUGUUUCGGUUCGUUGUUUCAUAUUGUGGACUUCGUCCGAUACUGGAAUUUCUUUUGGCAAAACUGAUUGCUUAUGUUGUUAAAAAGAAACCAAUCAAUCCUUAUUACCAAAAGUACCCACCUCUACCACCUGAUGACAUCCCUGUAGAAAAACUUCAACGGACAAAUUUGAGAAUAUUUACUAAGAAAGAAACCAAGUCAAUUAUUGACUCCUGCAAAGCCAACGGUUGUACAGUAACUGGGGCAAUAACGGCUGCUGCACAUUUGGCAUUCUACGAAUUAUUAAAUGAAAAGAAUAAGGAGAAAACAAGCUUAGAGACAUUAAUUCCUUUCAAUAAUCGUUUGCUUGGUAACCCAAAAGCCCCAGAAGACUACCUCUGCUACUUUGUUUAUUUUGCAGCUUAUUACUUGAAGUAUAGUAAAACUGAUCCUGAUGACUUUUGGAUGAUGGCUAAAGAAAGUACAGCCCAAAUAAAACAGGUUGUGAAAAAUGAAUCAUUUGUCAAGGAAAUGUCGUUAUUAGGUGUUCUUAAUCCAAACUUGCUUAUAAAUAUCUAUUACGAGAGAAAUGCUUACUUAAAAGCCAUAAGCAAUGUUAUAUCCAGUUAUGGCGUCUUCAAUUUUUCACAUAAUCACGACAUUCCAAUGACGUACACCUUAAAUGAUUGCUUUGUACUUCCCAUUGUCCAUCGUAUCAAUUCUGUGUUUACCCAUUUUGUGUAUACAAUUAAUGGAAAAUUGACAUGGUUGGUAAUAACGGAUAAAACCAUUCCAGAUGCGCAUGCUCAACAAUUCAGUGAAUCCUGCUUUAAUAGAGUGCUCGCCAAGAGUUGUGGUACAAAGAAAGAAUAAAUUCGUGUGAUAACAUAAAAGUGCAUGACGUAUCGUAAUCAUUUGAUUGUAAAAUGUAAAACUGUUAAUUGUUGACAGAUUUUUACCAGAUGCUGUGUCCUUUUGCAUGGGUUUCCAAAUGACUCGGAUUACAAUACUGUUUACUUUUAAAUUAUGAAUUAUGGCCUUC